CACCUAAUGUCGGCAAGCUUUCGCGAAGUCAGGCAGCGACAUUUUUGCAUCGAGCAAAAUUGCCUCUGCAGGUUUGCCUCCACAAAAGUUCUUCGUCCUUCCUCUCUGGACUUGAACCUCUCUGAUGUCCGAUCGUUGAACCAUGAUUAAGCCAACCCGAUCAUUGACAUUCGAGAGCCAUGAAUGCUCGAAGCGCCCCAAAGACGAACGACGACCUUCAGACCCACCGUUGCCCACAAACAUCCAACCGUUCCGUCUGCAGCAACCGAACACCGCACACCUGGUCUAUGUCAAGCGUCCACUGCAACCUGCACUAUCAUCAUCGUCUUUGAAUACCUUGAACCCUCUAGAAUCCACCGUGCCUUCCAGUUUGGAACAAGGCGAGUGUUUAACGAAGAAAUCGAAGAGAAGAACGUACGCCGGACUCUCUCCGGUAUCCAAGAUGCCCCCGAAGCCCGCGGUCCCACCCAGGUCUUCAGUGGCGCCGACUACCACUGGUAUGCGCAAGACUACUGCGUCACCCAGAAUAACAUUUGCGGCGUACAAGCCGUUGACAGCGCCCGCAACGUCUGCCACAGGCAAGCUUUCUGCUGCAGGAGCAACGUGUAGAACACUUCCCCCGACUUCAAAGGUUCCUCACAUUCCCCCAGUUCUCAAAGUUGCUUCGCAAAAGGGAGGUGGCACAAUGGACGCUAAGGGAACUGUCUAUAGGUCAACCCCUCGAAUUUACAUGAAGCCCCCUGACGCACGUCAAAGCCACGACACUUUCGCUUGCGUCUUCUUGACAAUACUGAUCUUGGGCGUGGUUGUCUUCGCGGCGUUCGCAAUUAUGCACCCGGGUAUGGUUCGGAAUGUGUUCGCCCUCAAAGUAUCUAAUUUUACGCCACCGUCGCACGACCACACAGAGAACGAAUAUUUACUUAAAUAAAGGCGGCCAUUAAUUUAUUUUUACGCAAUUGUAUAGUGCGUCUAAAGUGAAAUAAAGAUGCAUGUACUUAAAAAGA